AUGCUGCAACGCCUUUUUAUUAGCAUUGGGUGGGCUUGGGCGAUACGCAUCCUUGGGUUCAUCUGCCUUGCUCUGUGCAUCGCGGCCAACUUCCUCAUCCGCUCCCGUCUCCCACCCGCCGAGAAUGCAAAGAUUCAUCCGGACUACCGUGUGUUCAAGAACAAAGCCUUUGCAUACACAACGGUCGCCGUGUUCCUGCUCGAGCUCGCACUCUUCAUCCCGCUGACCUACAUCUCGUCGUACACGCUCCACCAGGGUUUCAGCUCGGCGUUCUCCUUCCAGAUCGUGCCUGUGCUCAACGCAGCGUCCGUCUUUGGUCGUGCCCUGCCGGGCUACUGGGCUGACAAGAUCGGCCCCUUCAACUCCAAUAUGUUGAUGAUCCUGCUCUCUGCCAUUUCUUGUUUGGCUGUCUGGCUGCCCGCGGGCGGCUCCACCGCCGGCCUCGUCGUCUUCGCUGUUGUGUUCGGCUUCGCAAGCGGGAGCAGCAUCGGUCUGAUACCCGUGUGCAUCGGGCGACUGUGCAGGACGCAGGAGUAUGGGCGGUACUACGCCACGUGCUACACCAUCGUGGCGGUCGCGUGUCUCGUGGGCGUGCCGAUUGGCGGCAACAUCAUGAAGUCGAACAACGGGGACUACUGGGGCGUGAUUGUAUUCACGGGAGUGGUGUACAUGGGCUCGUUUGCGACAUUCAUGGCGGCAAAGGUGUCGCAGGUCGGAUGGAACAUGCGGGCGGUCUUCUAG